CAGUGAGACUGAAGAUAGGACAGCGAGAAAGGGUUCAUACGAAUAAAUCCUCGUCGCCCAGGACCGAGAGAACAAGGAGAGGAGAAUCCCUAUUUACAAGCAAAUUUCCUCGCAUUUGAAAAAGCCUAAUUCCAGCUUUUGUAUAUAUAGUUGAAAUUGACGGAUCGACGUAUUUACCUCAGCGAUGGCUCAAGAGACGAAUCAGAGUCCCAUACUGUGUACCACCGGCUGUGGUUUCUACGGCAACCCUAGGACCAAUGGCAUGUGCUCGGUUUGUUACAAGGAGAACAUAAACCGACAGCAAAACAGCGACCGCAUGAGCCCCAUGAGUCCCUUAGGUGCUGCUGGUAGUCCGGCAGCAGAGGCCAUCCAGAGACUAGAAGCCAGCUUAAGCAAAGCUGCUGAACCUCCAGCCGUGCCCAACACAGACACCACCAGAGAAACCGUCCCAGCAGCCUCUUUGCCUGUGACACAGCAGAUGACUGAAAUGAGCAUCUCCAGAGAAGAGAAGGUCACGUCGCCAAAAUCAGAAGUUGCAGAGCCAGUUGUCACCCAGCCGAGCUCCUCCUCCAGCCUUGCCCUUGCCCAGGCCUGUGACGAGACCAAGGCCCCUGAGCUGCCCAAGCCCAAGAAGAACAGAUGCUUCAUGUGUCGCAAGCGGGUGGGACUAACAGGUUUUGACUGCCGGUGUGGGAACCUGUUUUGCGGGCUCCAUCGAUACUCCGACAUCCACAACUGCACAUAUGACUACAAGGCGGAGGCUGCUGCCAAGAUCCGCAAGGAGAACCCCGUGGUCGUGGCAGACAAGAUCCAGAGAAUAUAAGCUCUCCCCCGCCUGGGAGAAUGUUGGGAACUUUGAUCUGAACACUGGCGCUGGAGUGGCUAAUAGACAAUAUUUUUUUUUUUCUGAGAGCGAAAGAAAACUUUUUUUUUGUUUUGAGAGAAUGGUGCAUGUGCAGCGAUCUUAAUUGUCUCUUGUUUGUUUUUUUGUUUAUGUUUGUUGUUGUUGUUUUUUUUGAAGGGGGGGAGGGUGUUUCCUUUUUUUUGUUUCAUCCUCUUCCUCUCCUUUAUGUGUUUGUUUGAAUAGGUUGUUGCUUUUUUCUCCCUUUUAAACCAUAGUCAUUAUUUCUGUACGUCUUGCAUAUUUGGCCAGGACACUUUUCAGGGAAGAUGGAACAGUGUUGCCCCUUCUCGACGAUCCCCAUCUCGAUUGACAGGUUCAAAGGAGUCUGAGAAUGCUGUGUGCCAAAAAUGUAGACAUUUACUGGGUGGACCAGGAUGCAGCCUCGCCCCAGCACCUCUCCUCCGAUCCUCCGUUAUUUUAGCCUGAGUGCUCCGGGGCAGCAUCCUCUGUGCCGAGUUUCAGUCCGUUGGUUAGACGAGCGUUAUUUGAUUAUGAAAGCCAGUGAGAGGCCAUCUUGUAUCGUCGAGCGAGCGAGGUGUGAAAAACGCCUGAAUGUGAACCUGUUCUCUCCUUUUCUCCAGGAAAACACAUCUCUCUCUUUCCCCUGUCAGGCAGGUCAGUGGACAAAAGCUCCCGUGUCUGCCAGUUAAGUGCUUAGUGGCGCCUGUCCAUAUUUAAUCAAGCUAUCGCCGGUUGGCUUUCCUGAUGAGCUCCUGCCUCAACCUCGUCUGCCUGUUGGAGAGCGAGUCGAGGCUCUGUAUAGACUAAUGAUCGAAACUGUCACCUGAAGGGCCAUGCUAUUGAAUUGAGGAACAUGCUGUCAGAAAAAAAGAGCAGAUUUUUCUGUGAAGAUGCUGAUCUAGGACCCGUCUUAUUUGAGAAAUCCUUUAAUGUUCAGUUGAAGCCCAGGAAUGUGUGAAGAACUGGGGGUCAUUGACAAUAAUCUUCAUCUUAAUUGUGAGUAAAUGUAUUUGUCAUAGUUUUUUUUCUUUCUUUGAGAGUAAGUAUUACACAUAUUUUGAAUAUGUGAGCAGGUACGGUAUGUAACCAUGGUGUGCGUGUGUAUGAGUGUUCGUUUUUUAUAAAACUCUUCUCCAUAUCUUGACUCAAGCUGAAUUAACCUGGAAUAGGCUUGCCAUUUUGGUUUGUUUGUUUGUUCACUAAGAAACACAAUAGAAAAAGAAUUGUAUCGCUACAGUAGUUCUUCCACUAUGGACUUUUGGGCUGUUUCUUGGUCUCUUUGUGUUCCACCAUCCCUUACAUACCUCUGGUAGAUUUGUGUGCGUAAUGUACAUAAACAAACCUCACUGUUGGUUUUCUUUUACUCAUUUAGGACUGGCUUCAAAAGAAAAGAAUUGUAUGUAUCCGUUUUGAGUUUUACUUUCACCUGUUAGGUAUAUGCAAAUUUGUACAAAGAAAAAAAAUACAACUUACCAUGUUCAUAUUUAUGUAAUACAUAUAAUCGUGUUAUCUGGCAUUAAGGUAAACAUAGUAUCCUGUAAAUAAACUGAUGUACAGAGAUGUCA